AUGUAUCCGAAAUAUUUUAGUGUUGAAUUACCUCAAAUUGCAAAUCCAACUGAUGAAUCUCAAUUGCUUCAACAAAUACAAAGAAUGGUUAAUGCAAAUAAUAAUGAAAACGAUCAGAAUCAUACAAAUACGAAUUCAUCAUCAUUUCAAGAUAUGAAUAAGCCGAUUAAUGUUUUAACUGGCAUUGACUAUUGGCUUGAUAAUCUCAUGUGUAACGUUCCUGAAUUAGCGAUGUGUUAUCACGUGGAUGGUAUUGUUCAAUCCUAUGAAAUUGUUAAAACCGAAGAAUUACCGUAUCGUGAAGGCGCGGAAUUUCCACCGGAUGUAAUACGCGAUUUAGCUACGAAUCUUCUGUCAUUUCUUAAAGCAAACGCCACUAAAGAAGGACAUAUUUAUUGGUUAUUUAAAGGUCCGGAUGACGAUAUUGUUAAACUAUAUGAUUUAACGAGUUUAUGCGAUACAACUCGUGAUGAUAAUCCAUAUACACUUCCAGUUGCUACUUUAUUCUAUAAAAUGGCUCGUAAUAUGAUGAUGUCGGAUCUUUAUAUUGAUGAUAAUGUUAGUGAACAAAGUCGGACAUCAGAUGGUAGUGAUAUUCAAGAUCCUGAAUCAUUAAACGAUGAUUUACCAUUUGAACAAGAUAUUGAUUCGGAUGCGUAUACUUGGGUUGAUAUUAAAGCUCUAUCUCAACCUCAACAGCAACGCUAUCGAAAGCAUCCAGAUGUAGAACGUCUAGCGUCGAUUCAUGGGAAUUUAGAUGAACGUGCGAUUGAAGCAUUGAAAUAUUUAGUUGAAGUAAAAAUAUCGGAUGUUUAA